AUGCCAAACUUUAAUCCAAAGCCAUUGAGUAGUUCGUCAGCCAUGAAGUUUUUCACAUUGUCUUUCCUGGUUUGCUGCCUGAGUGCUGCCGGAGUGUGGGGUGCCCCCCAGUUUGGUUAUGGAUUCUCCCCUAUGGCGGAGGAUAUGGAGGAAGCUAUGCCUCGGCAAGUGCUGCGGCGAGUAGCAGUGCCGGAGCAUAUCAUGGAUUCGGAUAUCCAGGAUACGGAGGGUAUGGAGGAUAUGGAGGAUUUGGCGGAGGAUAUGGCGGCGGAUUUCGACAGCAGUUCAAUCAGUUCAGCAACUACAACAACUAUGGCUCCUCUGGCUAUGGCGGAUAUCCAUUUGGCAGAUGAGCGGGGGAAAAAACUGCUCCGGCAUCAUCUGGUCCUAAUCCUGGGACUAUGUUUUCUCUUUCUCGUACCUGACGCCUCUGCCGGCAAAAUAAAGCUACUGGCCUUCAAGGGACCACAUGCUGGAUUUGUGGCUCUUAAGGCACGCACCCCAAAGCUGCUGGGACUUAAAAGCGGCCUGGUUGGUGGAGCAGCCGGCUUCGGACUCGGAGCAGCUGUGGGUGCCAAGCUGGGCGCUGGAUUGGCUGGUGUCCAUAGCGGAGGCGGAGGUGGAUAUGGCGGAGGAGGCUAUGGAGGCGGAUACGGCGGUGGCUUUGGAGGCGGUUUGGGCGGAGACUACGGUGGAAACUUUGGCGGAGGCCACGGCGGAAGCAGCGGCUAUGAGCACCAUGAAUAUCACCAUGAAAGCCAUUACAGCGGCGGAUCCGGAUACGGGGGUGGUGACUUCGGGGGCGGUCUGUGGGGAAAAUAG